AUGUGGGGCUGUGGCGAUCCCGGUGGAGCUGCCGCCGCCACCGUCGUCCUGAGCGGGACCCGCGACUGCUUUCUGCACCUGCCACCCGCGCUGGCCUCGCUCCUCCGCCUGCAGCAGGGCCAAGCUGUGAAAGUAUCCUGUGGUCAUCAGCCAGUAUUUUUGAGCUGGAUGGAAACCAGGCAUCGAGGUCACCAGGGUGAAAAUAUUGUAGAGAUUAACAGAUAUUUGGCAGAGAAACUUGGCAUCGCAGAUGGAGAGCAGGUGUUUCUUGAACCCUGUUCCCAUGUGUCGUCCUGUCAGCAAGUAGAAGUGGAGCCACUCACAGCAGAUGAUUGGGAAAUUCUGGAACUGCACGCUUCCUCCCUUGAAAGACAUCUUCUUGACCAGAUUCGAGUGGUGUUUCCAGGAGCUGUCUUUCCUGUUUGGGUUGAGCAGCACACCCACGUUUACAUCAGAAUUGGUACACUUGUGCCAGCAGCCCCAUAUGGGAGAUUAGAGCCAUGCACGGAGCUUCUGGUAUGUCCCAAAACACAUGGACCUGAGGAGCAUAUCACCAGCACACCUGCCACAGAACGUGACAUCUUACUCAAAAAUUUUGUGAAAAAUAACAUGGAACAAGAAGAAACAUUAAAGGAUCCUUUUGCCAAACAACCUUACUUAAAGUCUGGAGACCUUGAACAGAGUAAGGCUGAUGCAAACACGAUGUUUGGCUCAAAUGUUCUCCCAAAUAUAUGGAAUUUCAUAGGGAACAUUUUCUCUAAUACAUCUGAGCAGAAACAAAAGACUUCGUGUGAUAAUGAUGAAAUGAGCACCUUCAAAGACAAGCUGCUGAACUUAAUUCACAUGGAUUGCAUUUUUAGAGUAUGUCAGUCCCAGCCUCCCAGUGUACAGAAUGUGUCCUCCACUCAUGAAUUUCUGAAAUGCAAUGCUGUUCACGUUUUUCCAUGGAAUCUGGAAUAUAUUGAUUUGGAUCCAAAUCCCGUAGUAUCUUACGGGAAAAUUAAUGAGCUGCUUUCCCCAAGACAGCGUCAUCAAGAAGCAAAACAAAAUCUGCCACUUGAAAAGCAAAAUCAUCUGACUAGUACACAGGACAAAAAUCCUUCUAAUUCUAAUAGCAGUCAAGCAUCCAGUGAGGGAUCUGUUGUUCAAAUCGUUUGGAAUGGAUUUGAAGAUCUAAAGAGUGUCAUAGAGUAUGGCCACGAUGGGCAAGCCCUGCAUGUUGGAAGAGUUUGGAUUGCAGAUGGUCUGAGAAAAAAACUGCAUAUUGAAAUGCAUUCAACAGUCCGAAUUAAGUCACUUGAAUCUGUUCCUAAAAUUCCUGUAUCUCUUACUCUGCAACCCAAACAGAACUUACAUAAAGAGAUACAUGAAGAUGAUGUUAAAUGUGCAUUCAGUUCUUGGCUGCAGGAUUCCACUACUGAUGAUCACCCGUGGAUAAUGACAAGCACAGACUGUGUACAUCUGUCUAUUAAAGAAGGAAUGGAGGAGUUUGUCCUUAGUGCAGCACGUCCCAUGCGCACUGAAGAAAAUAAAUCUGAGAAUAUUUUUAUACUGAGUCCCAGUUUGCUGCAAAAGACAAAUAUACAAGUUCUUUUACAUCCUCUAAGUAGAAAAGCUGAUGAUGACAACCAGCCACCUAUGCCUGAUAGAGACAAGAACCUUCCAUACCACAAACUAAGCGAUUUAGGAGGAGUGGACAAAUUAGGAACAUCUUUAUUUGAACAUAUAAGCCACAGUCUUUUGGGGCGUCCUUUAUCUCAAAAGCUGGCUGCUAUUGCUGUGGGACUGCGAAGUGGAGGGGUGCUUCUCACAGGAGGAAAGGGAAGUGGGAAGUCAACAUUAGCAAAGGCCAUCUGCAAAGAAGCUUUCACGAGACUGGAUGCUCAUGUAGAAGUAAUUGAUUGUAAAGCUUUAAGAGGAAAAAGAUUAGUAAACAUAAGGAAACAUGUGGAAGAAGCUUUUUUAGAGGCAGCAUGGAGACAACCAUCUAUUCUUUUGAUGGAUGAUCUAGAUCACAUUGUCGGAGUACCUUCUACACCAGAACAUGAGAGCAGCCCUGAAACAGUUCAAAGCAAUAGACUUUCUUAUGUUUUGAAAGAUCUGAUGAAAGAAGUUAUUUCCUUGGGGAGUUUGAUUGCAUUAAUUGCCACGAGUCAGUCUGAACAUUCCCUUCAUCCUUCCCUGGUUUCAGCACAAGGAACUCAUCUGUUUCAGUGCUUCAAAUGUAUCCGAUCUCCAGAUCAGAAGCAAAGAUAUGAAAUGCUAUAUUCCAUAAUAAAGAUGAAACUGAAUUCUGAUCCGAAGGACUUCUCUGAUCUUGACCUCCAGUGUAUUGCAAAGGAAACAGAAGGUUUUGUUGCUAGAGAUUUUACUAUGCUGGUUGAUCGUGCCAUUCAUACCUGUGCUUCUAACCAGAAUGCAUCAGAUAAUGGUGCAGAUUUGAACCUGUCUACUGUGGAUUUUCAAAAAGCUCUAAAAGAUUUUACUCCAUUAGCUCUGAGAAAUGUCAGCCUUCAUAAACCUAAAGACCUUGGCUGGGACAGGAUUGGUGGCUUAAAAGAUGUGAAGCAAAUGCUCAGGGAUACCAUCAUGUUACCUGCAAAGUAUCCAGAAUUAUUUGCAAACCUGCCCAUACGACAGAGAUCAGGAGUUUUGCUGUAUGGAGCUCCUGGAACAGGAAAAACAUUGUUGGCAGGAGUGGUUGCGAGAGAGAGUGGAAUGAAUUUCAUCAGCAUCAAGGGACCAGAGCUGCUCAGCAAAUACAUUGGAGCAAGUGAACAGUCAGUUCGAGAUGUAUUUAACAGAGCUCAGGCAGCGAAGCCUUGUAUUGUUUUCUUUGAUGAGUUUGAUUCUAUUGCUCCUCGCCGAGGUCACGACAACACAGGAGUUACCGACCGAGUGGUUAACCAGCUGUUGACUGAGUUAGAUGGUGUGGAAGGCCUGCAAGGAGUUUAUGUGCUUGCUGCUACCAGUCGCCCGGAUUUGAUUGACCCUGCUUUGUUAAGGCCAGGCCGACUGGAUAAAUGCCUGUACUGCCCGCCUCCUGAUCAGGAUUCACGCUAUGAAAUCUUAAAAGCUCUCAGUCAUUCUCUGUCCUUGGCAAAUGAUGUGGACUUUAAGGAUUUGGCAGCAAAAACAGAACAGUUCACAGGGGCUGACCUAAAAGCUUUAUUAUACAAUGCCCAAUUAGAGGCAAUACAUACUAAUUUAAAUUCAGGUUUAACACAGGAUUUUGGAUCUAGUUCUGAUAGUGACUUCAGUCUCUCUUCCAUGGUUUUUCUAAACCACAGCAGUGGCUCAGAUGAUUCAGUAAUAGAUGGAGAAGCGGGGCUAGAGCACUCUCUUAUUUCUUUAGACAUGUCUGACUUGCUUCCUGAAGAUCCAAGGUCCAACAUGUAUCGUAUUUAUUUCGGAAGCUCUUAUGAAUCAGAGCUGGGAAAUGGAACUCCUUCAGAACUGAGCUCUUUGUGUUUGUCCGGUCCAAACUCCAUAACUUACGACUUUACCAGCAUGACUCAGAGAGAUGUUGCACCCUCACAACCUGCAAUGCUUAGAGCAGCUUCUCAAGAAGGGUCUCUGGAGAACCAGGAGCAGCAAGCAGAGCACCUGAGGACAGAAAUCAAUGCUAGCAAAGCCAAUUGCAGAAGCAAGAAUGGAGAGGACAGCACCCUUAAUCAGUCAGUGCUUCCCAAGACCACUUUGACUAUUACCCAGUCUCAUCUGAUAACUGCUCUUCAGGGUAUGAGACCAUCCAUUAGUCAGGACGACUGGAAGCAUUUUACUGAACUGUAUGAUAAUUUUCAGAAUCUCAAGAAGAGGAAAGUACAGAUUGGCGCAACAUUCAGACCAGGACAAAAAAUGACUCUCGCUUAGUAAUCUGUAUUUGCUUGUAAUUGCUAAACUGUAACUGGACAUGAGAGAUGUGAUUAAAUCAGAUUAUUUAUAUUCAUAUGGAUUUAUUAAUGCAGCAGUUGAAGAUGUUUCUUUUAAACUAACAUUCUGUAAAAUUAUGUCACAUUUUAUUUUGAAGAAAAUUGUCCUCCUUUAGAUUGAUAUUAAAUUUUUUGAGAGAACAUUGGUUAUGUUCUGUCCCGUUGUUUAUCAUAUAAACUUUUAAAUUUUAAUUUCCACAAUCUAACAAUGAUUUCCUGUCCCUGAUUACUCCCUCACAACAAACAGAAACUGUUCAAAUAGACUGUAAUAUUAAUGGGGGAUAUGUUUUUAAAAUAUUCUAUAAAGCCAUUCUCUAAUGGCCUUCGGAGGGCUUAGAUGAGGGUGGUACUUCAUAUGUAUAUUAGCAGGCAACUAGACUAAUACUUCCAGAAUAUACUUUUUCAGCUAUAGCAGGAAAAAACAGACCAAGAUACUUGCAUCUUGUUUUCUGCCACCGUUUGUUAAUCAGAAGAAUACCAAAUUGCAUUUCACAACUGCGCCUUCUUACCCCUACCUUUUCUUCCCGGAGACUGCUAAAAAUAUUUCAGAUGCUUGGAAGUUUUCUAAUGUUACAUCCUGAAAU